UGUUUCCAAACCACACCAAGUGAAACUAAGAGUUAAGACAACUUGAAGUAACAUGAAAAUUAAUAAUACACUUUUCUUGCAUUUACUCUACGCUUUCUUACUGUUUCUUAGAGCGUCAAGCUCUUCAAAUGCAGGAAAUGGAAGUAAUAACAGUAAAGAAGUUUAUAUUGUGUAUAUGGGAGCUGCAGAUUCAACAAAUGCUUCUCUUCGGAAUGACCAUGCUCAUCUUUUGAAUUCAGUGUUAAGAAGGAAUGAGAAGGCUCUAAUACGGAACUACAAACAUGGUUUCUCAGGGUUCGCAGCUCGACUUUCGAAAGAUGAGGCAGCCACAAUUGCUCAUAAAUCUGGUGUAGUGUCUGUUUUUCCAGACCCUAUUCUCAAGCUCUACACUACACGUUCUUGGGAUUUUCUUAAAUACCAAUCUCACGUCAAAAUCGACACCAAACCAAACACGAUCUCCAAUUCUUCUUCAACGUCAGAUGUCAUACUUGGCAUCUUAGACACAGGAAUAUGGCCAGAGUCAGCGAGUUUUAGCGACGAGGGUAUGGGUCCAAUUCCAUCCCAUUGGAAAGGCACCUGCAUGAAAUCUCAAGACUUCAAUUCCUCUAAUUGUAACAGGAAGCUGAUUGGCGCAAGGUAUUAUGCGGACCCUAAUGAGGAUGAUGACAGCACGGCAAGAGAUUCAUUUGGCCAUGGGACCCAUGUGGCGUCCACCGCCGUGGGCGCCACCGUGGAAAAUGCAUCGUUCUACGGUCUUGCGGCGGGGACCGCGAAGGGUGGGUCCCCAGAUUCAAGAUUGGCGGUUUACAAAGUGUGUUCUAGCUUUGGGUGUCGUGGUUCGGCCAUUCUGGCGGCAUUUGACGACGCCAUUGCCGACGGAGUGGACGUGCUGUCGCUGUCACUGGGUGCUUCCCCUGGCUUCACGCCGGACUUGACGACGGACCCCAUUGCGAUCGGAGCGUUCCAUGCCGUGGAGCGUGGCAUCGUGGUGGUAUGCGCUGCCGGGAAUGCUGGUCCCAGUCCCUACACUGUAGUCAACGACGCGCCUUGGAUUUUAACCGUUGCUGCUUCCACCAUCGAUCGAGAUUUUCAGUCCUCCAUCGUCUUGGGUAGUAACAAAACCUUCCAGGGAAGAGCCAUAAAUUUCUCUCCUCUUUCAAAUUCUCCACAAUAUCCACUGAUAUAUGCUGAGGCUGCCAAGGCAGAUAACAUAGACUUAAUUGAAGCAAGACAGUGCCAUUCAGAUACAUUAGAUGCAAAUAAAGUCAAAGGGAAGAUAGUCGUUUGCGAUGGUAAAAAUGAUGAAACAUAUGUAACUAGAGAUAAAGUUGAUAUUGUAAAAAGGGCAGGAGGAAUAGGUUUGGUUCAUAUUACCGAUGAAGAAGGAGCAAUAGCAUCAAAUUAUGUGGACUUUCCAACAACGGUGAUAAACUCAAAAGAUGGAAUCAUGAUUAUCCAGUAUCUCAAUUCAACAAGCAAACCAGUAGCAACAAUUCUACCAACAGUUACAGAUCUUAAUCAUAAGCCUGCUCCUAUGGUGCCUAACUUUUCAUCAAGAGGGCCUUCAACGCUUUCUAGCAAUAUUCUCAAGCCUGAUAUUGCAGCACCGGGAGUUGACAUUCUUGCAGCAUGGAUUGGAAAUAGUGCAGAAGAGGUCCCCAAAGGAAGAAAACCCUCUCUAUUCAAAUUAGAGUCAGGGACUUCAAUGGCUUGUCCACAUGUUUCAGGGCUUGCAAGUAAUGUCAAAAUACAAAACCCUACCUGGAGUGUAUCUGCAAUCAAAUCGGCCAUCAUGACUACAGCAAUUCAAAAUGACAACUUGAAGGCUCCCAUAACAACAGAUUCAGGGUCAGUAGCCACACCUUAUGACUAUGGAGCAGGGGAAAUGACAACAUCUGAGCCGUUGCAACCAGGGCUAGUUUAUGAAACCAACACCAUUGACUACUUGAACUUUUUGUGUUACGUGGGACUUAACAUAACCAAUGUUAAGGUCAUCUCCAGAACUGUCCCUGACAAUUUCAGUUGCCCCAAGGAUUUGAGUUCUGAUCUCAUCUCCAACAUUAACUAUCCUUCCAUAGCAGUAAACUUCACUGGAAAAGGAGUUGUGAAUGUGAGUAGAACUGUCACAAAUGUUGGUGAAGAAGAUGAAACAAUAUACUCCUCUAUUGUCAAUGCUCCUAGUGGAGUAAAGGUUACAUUAACUCCAAAUAAACUUCAGUUUACGAAAAGUAGUAAAAAAUUAAGUUACCAAGUUACUUUCUCCUCUACUCUAACCUCUUUAAAAGAAGAUCUAUUUGGAUCUAUUACUUGGAGUAAUGACAAAUAUAUGGUUCGGAGUCCUUUUGUAUUAACUAAAUAGCCGGUUAAAAAGAGAGAUGAAUAAAUUCAAGUUUAGUUCUUCAUGGUGCU